AUGGGAGGUGUGGAACCUCAGCGGGCAGCGGUUAGCACAAUACCCCGCCGUGCGUGGAUUCUGGGCGGGGGGGUUCUUCAAACAAUGCGCCAACACACCACCACGAGAAAUGGAAUAACCCUUUUUUGGUUCUUGAAAGAGCCCCCACAUUUCAAAACCAGCAAACGAGGUUGCAAUAAUUUCCGCACCACCCCACGAAUCGUGCGUCGUGGCGUGGGCUUCGGGGGAAAACCGCAUCACGAAAAGCAUUUGGACGCAUUCAGAGUGAGAACGGCGGGUUUUCGUAAUGGUACCGUUUCGAGAACUCACAGAAAAUAG